AUGCAGGAAGAGGUCAGGGAUACGCUGCAGUGGAAGGUUGCUUUCGAGACCAACGUCAACAAUCAUUAUGGACCUCGUCGUUCGCACUUUCAUCUGUCGGAUUUGUCGCCCAUCUUGUUCAACAAGUUCACACGAGACCUCUUCUGGCUGUUUGAGACUGGGGUUUGCCAACAGUCGCUGCGGUCUAUCCCUAGUGAACUUCCUCGGAAUAGGAGCCUUGUCGUCGUGGCUACCGACUUCUUGCAUUACUUCGUCUCUGACAAUAUUCAGAUUCCAAUAUUCGCCGGGCUUGUGCCAACCGAACUGCGAACGUUUAUCAUCAUCCCAGCCUUCGAUGUGUCCAUGAAAUUUGCGAUAUGGGGCUGCGAGUUUACUGUCAAACCUUGA